AUGGCAUUUCCUGGGUUCUGCGACACUGGGCCGGAGGGUGGGUGGGUCAGCCAUCGAUUGAUCAAGAUCUUUUGCUGCCCCCGAGACGACAGUAUUGUUGAGAAGCGACGAAGCGUAGUUGUAGGAGACAUGCCAAACGGAGAGCUGGAUGCGAUAGGUGCCGUGUCGCGUGUGGGGGUUGCAGCAACCACCCGUUCAGAUAUCAUCAUCCUCAAUAGUAGGUUGGCUGUAAUGCAGGGCCGAAAGGGCGUACCUUUCAUAUGCGAUUUGGCUGUGGACGGUGUUGGGCAUGACACCAUGUCAUUACACUGCCCUGGUCAGCUUUCAACCACCAUUCGUCUUCACUGGGAUGAGCUAGUCGGUUGCCUCUAUCAUAGUGAAAUUAACUGA